AUGGGUUACUCCCAAGGCACUUCCACUGACUCUACAGAGCCCCCCAAUGCUCCUCUAUACGCUUCCUCCUCUGUAAUAGCUACAGAUCACUACUGUGACUAUAAUGAGCUUAGAAUCAAAACCAUUGUGAAGAAGAUGCUUCGGGAGCUUGGUCUGGCCUGUUUUCUUCCACCUCGCCAGAGGAGGAGCAACCAGAGCCCAAUUGACGACGACGACGACGACAACAAUGGAAACAACAAAAAGAACAUAAAUUUAGAGCACAACAAGGCAUGGUUGCUAGCAGAGUCAGGUGGGUGUGGAGCAGAGUUGGCAAAUGCUGAUCCACACUCAGUUCAUUCCUCUUUCAGGUUCAGCUUCUGCUCUCAAGUUGAGCUUGAGUCCUUGAACAUGAGCUCUUCGGCCGCUGCAACUGUUUUGAUGGUGAAUUUGGACAAUGGGUUGUGUGAGUCUAAAGCUAAAGAAUUGAAAUGGAGGAGAUUUGAAUCAUUAGAGAGGAGCAUAUCCCCAAUGGCUCACACUUUGGUCAGAUUCAGCUAUGGUGAAAUUCUUGCUGCUACUCGUAAUUUCUCAAAAGGCAGAGUUUUAGGGAGAGGAGCUCUGAGCUGUGUCUUUAGGGGUAGAGUUGGGAUUUUAAGGACUGCUGUGGCAAUUAAGCGAUUGGACAAGGAAGAUAAGGAGUCUUCCAAGGCAUUUUGUAGAGAGUUGAUGAUUUCUAGCUCUCUUCAAAACCCAAAUGUAACACCUCUUGUGGGGUUUUGCAUAGAUCCAGAGGAGGGCUUGUUCUUGGUUUAUAAGUAUGUCUCUGGGGGAAGUUUAGAGCGGCAUUUACAUGAGAAAAAGAGGGGAGUGAAGGGCUCAGCAACACUUUCUUGGUCUGUAAGGCAUAAGGUUGCAAUUGGAAUUGCUGAGGCAAUUGCAUAUUUACAUAAUGGAACCGAAAGAUGUAUUGUUCACCGUGAUAUCAAACCCUCAAACAUUCUCCUGUCUUCCAAUAAAACAGCCAAGUUAUGUGAUUUCGGAUUAGCCACAUGGACUUCUGCACCUUCCAUCCCUUUCCUUUGCAAAACUGUCAAAGGAACAUUUGGUUACUUGGCUCCUGAGUAUUUCCAGCAUGGGAAAAUAUCCGAUAAAACCGAUGUUUAUGCUUUUGGGGUGGUCUUGCUGGAAUUGAUAACUGGAAGGAAGCCAAUUGAAGCAAGAAGGCCACAAGGAGAGGAAAACUUGGUUCUAUGGGCAAAACCACUCUUGCAUAAGGGGAAAGGCGCUAUUGAGGAGUUGCUUGAUCCACGGCUAAAAUGCACUUUGAGAAAUUCAAGUCAAAUAACACGGAUGAUUGAAGCUGCAGCUGCCUGCAUAACUAGUGAAGAAUCUCGUAGGCCAAGCAUUUGCGAGAUAAUGGCAAUACUUAAAGGUGAACAAGAACCUUUCUUCUCCAAGAGGAAGAAGUCCGGUUUUCUGGGAAAUGGAUUGGUUAUUGAUUGUUAUUCUCAAUUACAGCAAACAAAUAGUGAGAUGAAGAGUCACCUAGCUCUGGCUAUGCUAGGGGUUUCUGAAUUUGAAGAAGAUGAUCACCUGUACUGUCGUUGA